AUUUCAUUCAUAAGAGCCGGAGCAACAGAGCCCGUUUAUUCCCCCUCUCUUGCCUCGCUGCUGACAUGCAGUCUUUCUUGUCUCCAUUUAACAAGGCGAUCUUAGUGGCUUUGUUUAUUUUUGCCAUCUUACUCAUUCUUUAUGUAAUACUAUGGUAUAUAUGCCGAGACGUGGAUUGCGACCACGGAAUCUGACGCUUAUCGUGAGAAAAGCAGACGAUACCCCGACUUUAGCUUAUACGGAGACGCGCCAGGGUGACCCUUUGGUAAGUCCAGCGGCGCGUCUUGAGUGCUCUGACCAUAAGCUCAAGUUUUGCCCAAACAAAAUGGAAGGGUUGCCAUAGUGACGGGGGGUGCCCGAGGAAUGGGUUAUGAGACUGCAAGACACCUGGCAAGCCUUGGCAUGCAUGUGGUUAUAGCUGGGAACGCUGAAGAGGAAGGCCUGCAAGCUGUGAAGAAGAUCCACGAAGAGGGGAGCGAGGGGAAAGUGGAGUUUCUGUUCCUGGACCUGUGUUCCCUGAAGUCGGUACGGCAGUUUGUCCACAGGUUUAAAGCCAGGGCUCUACCACUUCACGUCCUUGUCAACAAUGCCGGUAUCAUGCUGGUUCCCGAGGGAAAGACGGAGGACGGUUUUGAGCUGCACUUUGGUCUGAACUAUCUGGGACACUUCCUGUUGACAAACCUCCUCGUGGACAAACUGAAGAGGUCUGGGAGACACGACGCCUGCUCCCGCGUCGUCACCAUGUCCUCCGCCACACACUACGUUGGAAGACUCAAUAUGGAAGACCUACAGGGCAGGUCCUGCUACAGUGCGCAUGGUGCCUACUCUCAGAGUAAACUGGCUCUAGUUCUCUUCACAUACCACCUGCAGGAGAAGCUAACAGCAGGAGGGUUCCCAGUAACAUCCAACGCAGUAGACCCAGGCAUGGUGGACACUGACCUGUACAACAACCUCUGUAUUCCAGCCCAGGCAGCCAAGAAACCUGUGGCUAAAAUGCUGUUCAGGACCCCAGCCGAGGGAGCGUCUACAGCUAUCCUGGCUGCUUCUGCGUCUCAGCUGGAGGGGGUCGGAGGCUGCUACUUCUAUAACGGGGAGAAAGCCGAAUCCGCUGACAUUACUUACGAUCACAACGUGAGGGCUGAGCUGUGGAAACAGAGCUGUGCGCUGGUUGGUCUUCAGGAGGCCUAGAGGAGGAACCAGGAACCAUGACCUUAGAAAUAUGCCAAGAUCAGCGGCAUGACACCUCCCUCCAGCAUCAACAAAAACUAAGCUGCGUCCCAAUUCUCAACCCUUCCCUUUGGCCCUAAGUGUGCACUUGUUCCCUUCCCUUCAUGGAUUUAAAAGCACUGGUAUAGGAAAUAUGGUAGCAACUCCCUCUAGCCUAGGCUGACACCAAUCCAAUGCUUUUAAAUUCAUGGGGAGGAGAGCAUACUUUAGGAGUAUUGGGAUACAGCCCAUGUCAACCCCAGCCAGCACUGCAUAAAGCGACAGCCUGUGGACUCCUGAUUACUUAGCAACAUCUAGCUACAGCACAAACUUUGGUUGUUGCCUCUACUGUAACUGUCCUCUCUUGACCUCUGUCCUCAUAGCACUGCAUAACACAUCAGCAAUGGAAUCGACUCUUCAGCAUAUCAUAUCUUCUAACAUAUCUUAUCCUCUGCAAAGACAGUUCUGAAGACACUCAUUCUAUCAUGCGCCAAGUACUAUUAAACACAUGCUGAACUGCACAUUGAGUGAUGGAAUUUAUGUUUUUGAUAUUGCAAUACAAGUUCUGCUGCCAAAUUUAUGCCAAAAAAUUAGCCGUUGUGUUAGAAAAUGUCAGAGCCAAUUUCUGGUCCCAGUCCGCCCCUGACUCCCAUCAAGGACUGGACCAUAUAUCUGUAGAUGUACCGCCUCAUAGCUGUGAUCAAAAAUGUAAUGUAAAAUAUGCUUUGGUGAAGGGCUAACAAUGAAACAACCAUGAGACUCGAACUUGGUUAGCCUUAUUCCCGCUUAAUUUACACUUGCCUCGUUUAAUGCGUGUCCAAUCCUUGUUGUUGUCAUCAUCCAGGAAAAGAACUAACAGCGAGCUUCCUCAUAGUACAGUAGAUGCCUUUGCCUUGUUUGACUUACUGUGCCCAGAGGGGAUAUUCCGCCCUGCUAUCUCCACUUCACUGUGACUGAUGUGAAAUGUUGUAGUGAUUUUUGAUGUCUCUGUGCCAUACUGUGAUAACAAAAUGAUGCUCAUCUUUAAAUGUUCUGAAACAGUAGUAACAUGUUAAUGGUUGGUGGAUCAUAUUUUCAGACAUGUUUUUUGCCAUUUUCAUCUGACUAGAAGAUUCUGAAUCUUUAAAUUACUGUAAGUGGUUCUCGUGAUAAGAGGUUUCUAGUGUGGAGAGUUCUAACUUGGAUGCUGCCUGCAAUUUGUGCUCAGGUUUGAUGGCUGCUUGAAUUACAAACACUUGCUAUGACAUCUUUUAAUUAAGAUGGGUAAUAGGGACUGCACAUUUUCAUUAUUUAACUAUGCUUCUUCUAGGUGUCUCCAAUCCAUUUUAAGUAUGCCUGUCGAAAUGUUCAUACAGGAUAUCGUCAAUGUUUUGUCUAAGUGUUUUGUGUUCAAGUACUGUAUGUGUAUGUAUGCCUAAGCAGUGUAAGGUUCAGUUCUGUACACAUAUGUGCGCAUUGGAUAAAGCCAAAUACAUGCCCCGGACAACUGUCAUUCAAUAACACCAGUGCCAAUACUCACAUGCUCUUUAGAAUACUAAUGAGGGAGGUUGAAGAGAAGAGGACUCUUCUCCAAGCUUCCAUCUGCUUUUGUUACAAUACAAAAUGUGUUAUGAGUCUAAUGCUGGAUAAAGGAAGACAUAAGAGAUAGAUAAACAUUAUAGAUAAAAUACAUCCAAGAUGUAAACAUUUCAGUAGGACAUUUUAAUCUGAAGUAAUUCUGUUAUUAAUUGUAUUACCACAAUCACUGUGAACAAUGCCUUGUUUACCAAGUUUAAUUUAGUUGUAUUGUACUAAUUAAUUAAGUAGUUAUUCAUUUGAGUUUCAAGUCAUUGAGUGAUUCUUAGAUGUUACUGUGUUGUCCUCACUCAUCAUAGAGAAGGAUGUCCACAUUGGACACAAAUCAAAAUAAAAAUCUAUUGUAAAGAAA